GGCUUAUAUUGAUUAUUGGUGGAACCUUAUAUAUUUAUGCCUCGCAUGUAGUAUUCUAUUAAGCAUCAUAGAGUUACUAUAUUGUGGAAAAGGCACAUACAAUAGUGACCAUACAAAACAGGACAUUCUCAUACCAUCGGAGACAGUCCAGCAUUCUUUUUACGAAGAGCCAAAGGGUUUCGAGGAAAACAUCUCUGUUGCUCACGUAUAAUGUGAUACGUUCCAAGUUCCCUGGUGAAAAUGACGCACGUGAUGUUGUCCUACCAGUGGGACAAGCAGAAGAUGGUAGAGCAGGUAUUUAAUGGACUAAUGGCCAAUGGAAUCCCUGCUUGGAUGGACAUAAAGGAAGGUGGUAUGAGCGGAAACAUAAAUGAUAGCAUGGCUCAUGGUGUUGACAAUGCAAUAGCUGUAAUCUGCUUCAUGUCUCCAAAAUAUCAGGAAUCCAAGAAUUGCAAGAAGGAACUUAACUACACAGAUUCUCUUGACAAGACUAUCAUCCCAUGCAUGACUCAACGGGGCUUCAAGGCCACUCAGUGGCUAGGUAUCAUCACUGCCGGUCUUCUUUGGAUAGAUUUCAGAGAAGAAACUAAUAUGGCCAAACGAAUUGAUUCUCUUAUCAAAGAGAUAAUGCACCAAGUGGGGGACAACAUCAAAAUGAUCCCUCCUCCUCAAGAACCAGCUAUCAAGGCAGCUCCCAAAGUAACGGUAGAGAAAAAGCCUGGCAGAGCGUUUAGACAUAAGCUGUCGGGAAAAUACCUUGCAGAAUCAGGUGAAGUGAAGUUCCAUCCAGCCAGUGGCAACAGGAGCAAUCUUGUAACAACAGACACGCCUAAGGAUACAAGCUACUGGGUGGAGGAGUCUAAGAAGGGAUCAGAAGUCUACUUCUACAAGAACUUCCACUCCAAUGGAUACCUUGGCUAUGACCCCAAUGGUGACUAUAUCUACACAAAGGGUCAGCAUUAUGGGGCCGAAGAGUGGAAUAUAAUAGCUGAUGAGACGUGCUCGACAGGGGAGCGUAGCGUCGUCCUAUUUGCUGCAUAUGGCAAGAAAUAUUUGGCCAUCAGGAACGGAAAAUUUACUGGAGUGUCUAAACCCGGUGACGACUGUAUCUGGAUUUUGGACUAAGUCUGGACUAAAUAAUAAGACCACAAAAUAUUAAUAAUACAGGCCUGCAGCCGGGCCGGGCCGGGCCCAGUCAAUAUUGCAUUGGUGACUGUUUAUAAGUGGAUCCAAAAAUUAAGAAUUUAUACAAUAUUUUAUAAGCAGCGGGCAUCUACCCAUUUCUGCCUUACAUGAUGUAGCAGUUUCACG